AUGUCGUCUCAAUUAGACGAGCAUUAUAUUCGAACAAAUGUUGAGUGGUCUCAACUGCCAGCUGAUGUUAAACAAAAAUGCGGUUGGAAUACGGAGAAGGAAUAUGAUAAGGCAGUUUUUGCCUUUUCAAUCAAACAUCAACUUCGAUAUAAAGGAAAUCUCGUUCGAAAAGUUCAUAAAGAUUCUCGAAAGUACUACGAUGAACUUUUACGUUACAGUCGCGAGCAUUUAAUGAUAUUCCCGUAUCAUCUGUCUGAGAUCUAUGUCAAAGGUUUACGUAUGACAUCGUUUUCUUACUAUAUUGAUAUUAUUAGUGAUUUAAUUCUUCAAGAGAAAUCUUAUGAUACAUUGCCGAAUUUUACAGCUGCGGAUUGUCUUCGUUUGCUUGGUAUCGGUCGAAAUCAAUACAUUGAAUUGAUCAAUCAAUCUCGAACGAUUCUACAAGCAGCAAAGAAGAAAAUGUUCUUAAACUUAUCUAAUUGGAAAACUCCUGCUUCUAUCCGUCAUCUGUUACCUUCCCAACCUGUCGAUUCUGUUCGUAUUCAGCCAUGGUGGGUGAUAAGCUUAGGUUGCGUAACCGAUGACGAUGUCAAACAGUGCACUAGCGAAGAGAAACUAAUCAUUGACUAUCUCAUCGACGAACGAUCAUCAAAAUUAGCUGGCGAAUUAAACUACGAUGCUGUGCAUUCCCUCUACCGAAAAGGUUUAAUCUAUCUGGAUGUACCAGUUUCUGAAGAUGAUUUUAUACAAGUUCCACCAUUAGGUUCAGGUUUUGUUAUGAAUCGAAUUGUCGGUGAUUAUUUUGAGGUAUUACUUUACAAAUUGUUUGUUUCGACCGAUGAACAUACGAAUGUCGGCGAGUUAUCUCGAAUAUUAACAUUAGAUAUUGAGUUAGUUAAACAAACGAUGUCCAUGUUUUUACGCUUGGGAUUCGCUCGAAAGAAGAAUCUUGAUAAUGAUUAUGGCAUUAUUCAUACGUCAUGGAAGCAUUUCUCCACCACAUCAGGUUUACAAUCGCCACCGCCGCCGAAGGAAUUAAAAUUGACGUCACCAGUUCUAGAUAAAAGAGUAUCUGAAUGGAAAAAAGAUUUAGAAUUAGAUACAUCAUUUAUCGAAGAUGAUACAACUUCAAUCAACUUCAAUGAUGAAGUGAAAUCUUUAUCCUCACCGACAAGUGCUACAACACCUGAUCAUCUGUCGGCGUCAAUGAUAAGUUCAACAUUGAAGCAAAAACGUAUUGGAUUUUUAUUUGAUUCAUCGUUAACUGCAUUCUUAAUGAUGGGAAAUCUUUCCCCAAAUCUAAAAACUCACGCUGUAACCAUGUUCGAAGUUGGUAAACUAGCUGAUGAAAUUCUCGGAUCAUUUCUCCAAGAAUUAGAAAGAAUAUCUCCCAUAUCGCAAUCGUCAAUGAAGUCACCCGAUGAUGAAAAUCAGGGUGAGGGUGAAGCCGAUCGAUAUUUUCUCCACGCACGUGUUCUCUAUCAAACAAUAUCUUUUCUACGUUUAAAUAACGAUCUCUUCGAUGAAGAGAAUGGUGGUCUUGGAGUUGAUUUACUUCGUUAUGAAAGUUUGUCGAGUCUUGAUUCCACCACUCGCCAGCGUCUUAUCGAACGAAAUUAUCACAUUUUGAUAUCGAUGGCACCGGUCAGUGCUGAAACAUUCUAUUCUCCAUUCAAUUCCAUUGAUUUUCUUGGACCAUUUUUGCAAGAGAUGAACAGUGUCUGGAUGAAACUAUUUAUUUACAGUGUAACACAAUCGGGACCAGCAUCAUUGUUAUUACCUAAAGGUUAUCGUUUAAAUGUUUUACCUGAUUGUUUGAAAGUUUUUGAUAAAUUCUUGGUUACAACUUGGAAUCACGAGCCCACAUACAUAUCUAAUGUGAACAUUUUGUUGAGUAUCAACGAAGCAUUACUUCAUUCAGCUGUACUUCUACAAGGGUUUUACUAUGGCAAUAGCAAUGAUUUUAAAGAAGAAUAUCAACAGAUUCGCCAUAUACCAUUUCCAUUUGAACACGCGGAAAAACAUUCCGGAUUAGGAAAAUUAGCAUCAUCCGUAGAUCUAAAAAACACAUGUGGUUACGUAUCUAUGUUAACAUUGUCAUCGAAUGAUUCCGAAGAAGUUCUAUUGGAUAUUAGAUUUGGUAUACCAUUGUUUGAUGAGAAGAUCAGCGAGACAAUUCGAAGUGGAAUUGUGAAGCAUAAACUAUGUUCGAAAGAUAAAGCACAAGAACGAUUGAAAAGUAUUCGAGCACUUUCAAUCAGUUUAGUAGCAUUCGUCGAACGCUUUCAGGAUGAUGUCGUGUAUGCAGAUCAACAAUCUACUUCAGCAUUAAAGUGUCCCAUUUGUCAGCGAAUAUUUUCCGAUCCAGUUAUCACACAAUGCUCUCAUACAUUCUGUCGAAGGUGUAUAUCUAUGACAGUACAAUGCCCGUUCGAUCAACAAAUUGUACAAAGCUUUGUCAGUAAUCAGAUUAUUGCUGAACAAAUCGACGCUCUACUCGUCUGGUGUAAAUAUGCUUUCAAAAAGUUUCCGAUGAGUUCAAAUGAUACGAAAAAUGAACGCGACGAAUACGGCUGUCCAGUGAAGAUCGCGCUGAAGAGAAAGAAAGAACACGAAGAUGAAUGUCCUUAUCGUUUUGUUUCCUGUCCCAAUGCUUGCUCGUUGAAUAAUCUCCGUCAAAAAGAUCUGUAUAACCAUCUUCAUACUUGUUCGAACCGACAAACGACAACAGCCAAUGUAAAUUCACCUGUCAAUCAUGAACACUUACAGCUACUCCAACAAGAGUUAAUUUCAAAGAUGUCACAAAUCGAUUUUCUUGUUAACACAUGCAAACAACUAACGAGUACAGUUGCACUUAUGCGUAAUGAGAUCGAUACAUUAAAAGUGAAUCAAGAAGCUCUCUGUUCCCGGAAUGAUCUUUUACUAAGUGAACUAAUGAAAACAAAACAAACAUCUCCUAUACCAACAACCAUUGACGAACAAGAAUCGAUACGAACUGAUGAUAGUGAUGACGAUCAGGACCUACCCAGUGUUAUUCUUCGUUGUAAUGGAACAUUCACGGGACAUAAUGAUACUGUCUGGUGUUUAUAUGCAUUACAUGACGUACUUCUCAGUGGUUCGUCAGAUAAAACAGUCAAAGUUUGGAAUUUAUGUGAAACUCCAUAUACGAAUUUAGCUACGUUGCAUGGGCAUCAUGACGCGGUUUUAUCGUUGACUGUGAAAGAACGAACUGUGUUUAGCGGUGGCGGGGAUAACUCGAUAUUUGUUUGGAAUUUAGACGAUUAUAAUCAAACGACAUCUUUUGUUGCUCACACAGAUCCUGUUUGUUCAUUAGCACAAUACAAUAAUCAUUUGUACAGUUCAUCAAAUAAAUGUUUGAAAAUUUGGGAUAUUGAAACAUUACAAUUGGUCAACGAAAUUGCUACAGAUACUCGCAAUGGUUGGCUAAGAGUUCUCAUGCAAAAAGAUAAAUGUAUCUAUGCUGGAUGUCGACGUGGAAUCAAAGUUUUUGAUGUAACUACGCAACAAAUCUCGUUCGAGUUUGAAUUACCCACCAGUGAUUCAAUUUAUAGUUUGGCACAUUCGGAUACAUUGUUAUUUUCUGGUGCUUCUUCGGGGAAAAUAUAUGUUUGGGAUAUUCGAGCAAACCGUUGCUUAGAUACAACUUGUCAACAUGAUGCAACUGUUCACGGUCUCUGUAUACGAAGUGCUGAUAAAUUUAAUCAGACAAAUUUAAUAAGUGCCUCGAGUGAUAAGACUAUCCGGGUAUGGAAUGUGGAGCGAUUCGAACAAGUUCAAUAUGAUGAUCGACAUGAAGCGGAAGUGACCGCGUUACAUGCCAAUGCUCGACAUAUCAUGUCUGGUGCUACUGAUGCGAAGAUAAAAGUUUGGGAUUGUAUAACUUCAUCUCAUAUCUCAAAGCGUUGGGUUAAUUUUGUACUCUCUCGUUCAAAAACAACCCCAUCAAUUAUUCCUAAAGCAGCUGAAGAUAUUAAAGAAGCAGCCAAAGAACAUGUUCGAGAACUACGUCGAGAAUUUGAUAAACCAGUAAAAUUUUCCACUAGCCGAGCAAAAUAUUGGGACACAGCGGACUCAAUCGUCUUUAAUCGUCAUAUCGGAAAAUUUACACGACCCGUUUUAAUUGUGACUAUUUUGAUCAAUAUGUACUAUUGGGGUUAUUAUCGAGAAGAAAACGAUAUUGAUGAUAUGUUAAGUAUGGAACCAUGGCAGAUAUUUCCUCGGUUAAACUUAGAAUAUCUGAAGACAGCUGAAAGACAGUACCGGGAAGCCGGUUUGGACACGAGCCAAAUCGAAAUCAAGAAGAAAAUGAUUCAAGACAUAUUUCAGCCGCAAUUAAACAAUGAAGUCCGUCUAAAAUCUAAAUAA